AUGUUUAAAAAUCAGUAUCAGGGUGGCCCAUUUGUUGAAAUAUUCAGUGCUCAAGGCAAGAACCCAGGAGCAAAAUGGAAGAUUUUUGGCAAUCCAUCAGCUAUAUGGAAAGAAUAUGAUAAAGAAGUUAAAGGCUUUGUUUUUGUACUUGAAGGAAGCAGUCAAAUCAACAAAAUGCAGCUACCAAAGGAAACUAGACAAACUUUGGGACUGAUCCAGCAAUUUCUGACACUUCAGAUUUUUGUGCCACUGGGACAAGACUUCUCCACUGAGUUACUGGUAACAGAUUUAGGAAAUAUUAAAAGAAGAUUGUAUUUAUCAACCGUCCACAAGGAGUUGUCUGUAACCCCUCUGCAUGCAAAAAUUCCUCUAUUUACAAUCAAGCGCAAAAUAUGGUGCAAUAUGUGCAUUGACUUGGUAGCAUUCACCAGUGAAAUAUUCAGAGGAGCUGUCUUCCAGUCUUUGGAUGGAAUUAUUAUUUCAGCUAACUGUAAACUGAGAAAGAUCUUCACUUUAAAAUCCAAGCCUCAAGAUACGGCUGAGGAAGAUGAUAUGUGCGUUGUUCCAUAUGAGCCCACAGAUGUUAUUCCUCGAACCUGCCAGCUAAAUACAGAUGUGCCACAAGUUACACAAUUGCUGAACCUGACUAAAAUUCACAAGCCAGAAGUAAAAUGCAGCAGAUAUCCAGUAACAGUGCAAGAAACAGGUAGCUUGGUUCAUCGAGGACAAGGCAACAUACGCAGCAGUAAAACUCGGGACGUAUCACAUAUUGCAUUUGGAUCAAAGAUCCUUGGGCCACCUCCAUCUUCCAACAGAAGAACCAGCACAAGGAUAUCUGGAGAGGUAACAAAGACCUGCAGUAGCAAAAGUAAUAGAUCAUGGCGACUUCAAAGUUCAGGAAAGGGAACUGAAUCCAUACAAGACACUGAGAGACUGGAGCUAUCAUUCUCACCGUGCAAUGAUUCUUUGGAUCAAGGAUGCAAAAGAAAUACUCACCAAACAGCUGAAGAUCUAUGUCAAAAUGACCCUGCAAUUCAGACUCAGAAAACCUCUGAGAGCAGAAGAGCAGAUUUUCAGCUCGCCUUACCACAACAGCCAUCAGCAGAAAAGAGCAGCCAUAGAACAUCAUCUCUAAAAAAUACAGCCAAAAGCACAUGGGAGAUAACAAGUGAUGAAUGGGUGUUUCCAGAAAGUUUCGCUGAUAGUGUUCAGUUGGAUAGGAGCAAGCAGUUUGUAGCUACUGAAGAUUCAGCCUGCCGUAAUUUAACCUCACCACAGAAUGCCUCUGUUGAACAUCAAAGCAAUGAAACAGGUGAUCACCAAGUUAAUAAUAAAGAGAUUUUCACAUUUUCAUCAAGACCUCGAUCAGCACCUCAUGGGAAGUCUUCAAAUAUGUCACCAGAAUGUUGCAUUUUCCCUUUGGAUUUGAAGCAAGAUAGUAACGGAGUGCAUGGGAAAACCCAAAUUGAAGAUAACUUUCAAGGAACUGACAGCAGUGAAGAGGAGUAUGACUGGAAAAACUACCAGUCAAAUAGACUGAGUUCAUCUGAACUACAGAUGCUGGCUAGCAUGAAGAGACAACAAAAUGAAGAAUUGAGGGAUACUGGGAUCUCGCAUGGACUGAGUGCGUCGCAGAUAGACAACUGCAAUGUUAGCAUAAGUACAAGCAGUGAUGAUACAGCAACCUGGAACUCUUGUUUCCCACCACCCGUCAGUCAGGAGCAUCACUAUCAGAAAGAAAUGAGCCCACUUUCUCAUUCCAACCCACGGGACUGGUUGAACAUGUUCAGUCCCCCCAUCAUUCCUGGAAGCCAACAACUGGAAGAGCACACUAAAUCUUCAGCAAAUCAGAGUGUUCCAGGUGAAGAUGACCUCAAUGCUGAAGAAGAUGAGGAAGUUUUGACUCUUUUGUAUGAUCCAUGUCUGAACUGUUACUUCAAUCCAAAUUCUGGGAAGUACUAUGAAUUGGCAUAG